GUCUGCGGUAUAUCUGUUAGCAAUUCAUAAAUAGGAAGUAACAAAAACUACUGGUAUCUUUUCAAGCCGCGAAUAUACUUAAUAAUAAUAAAAAUAAUUAAUUUCACUGUUUUUCUUUGACUUUCAUUGCGAGGAAUAUUGAAAGAGGAUUUGCAGACAAAUGGGGACCGUUGGCUUCGUGUUGUUGGCAGUUGUGAUUGUCAUUUUUAAGGCCUCAGAUUCAGUGACUGCUGAGGAGAUGACAUGUUUACCCGGAUUCAGGUCAGAAAUGGUCAUUUUCAAAGUGACCAGAAAGCACCUGAUGCUGGGCACAAGACUGGGCAAAGUGGGCUUCACUGACUGCACAGACCGCACAAGAUUUGGUUUCAGCAGUGAUGACAGACGUUUCGUGGUACAGACAGACGGCACACUGACGGUAAAGAGACAGGUUGUUCUUCAUGAAGGACACCAGGACUUCUUCAUCCACUCCUGGGACUCGCAAGGUCACAAAAUAACUCUUUCUGUCAGGGUAUUGCACCAGCACCACCUGACUGAAGUGGACUCAGAGAGUGCACCUGAGACACUGGUGCCUGUUCUGCAUUUCCCCAAGUCUGGUGAAGGACUGAGGAGGAAGAAGAGAGAGUGGGUUGUUCCUGACAUCAGUGUUAGUGAGAAUCACAAAGGACCCUACCCCUUGAAAAUAUCUCAAAUCCGUUCUCCUGAGGAUAAAGUGAAGAAGAUCUAUUACAGCAUCUCUGGUCCGGGAGCUGAUUUACCUCCUGUUGGCCUUUUCACCAUGGACAGAGACAAUGGCAAUCUGUAUAUCACACAAGCACUGGACAGAGAGAAACAAGACAAGUACAUAUUUCAAGCGCGUGCUGUGGCAGAUGGUUCAGGACUGGUUGAGGCUCCUAUGGAAAUUUUAGUGAAUGUAAUCGACCAGAACGACAACAAUCCUAUUUUCACUCAAACCACUUACCUGGGAGAAGUUGCUGAGUCCUCAGCAAAAGGUUUUGAAGUGAUUACUGUUGUGGCCGAAGAUCUUGACAACCCAGGGACUGAUAACGCAGUCAUCCGCUACAUGAUUAUAAGCCAGGAGCCAGCAACUCCCCCUGACCUGUUUUCCAUCAACUCAAACACCGGAACAAUCAUAGUUGAUAGCACUGAGCUAGACAGAGAGAGAAACCCAGAGUACACACUGGUGGUACAAGCAGCAGACAUGCAGGGAGAAGGAAAAACUGGAGAAGCAAAAGUAAUCCUUACUGUCACAGAUAUCAAUGACAAUGCUCCAGCCUUCACUCAGUCCUCCUAUACAGCAACAAUUGAGGAAAAUAAAGCAGAGGCUCAGGUCAUUGUGAUGUCAGUAACCGAUCUUGACGAACCGCAUACACCAGCUUGGAGCGGCAAGUUCACAAUUGUCAGUGGUGAUCCUGAAGGACUUUUCACUGUGACAACGGGACAAAACGAAACUGAGGGAAUCAUUUCUAUCACCAAGGGUCUUGACUUUGAGAAGAUCAGCAGGCACGUUCUGUUGGUUGCGGUGGAGAAUGAGGUUCCUUUUGCUGUCCCUCUGCCCACCGCCACCGCCACAGUGCUGGUGAAUGUGCUGGACGUCAAUGAGGCUCCAGUCUUUGACCCAACAGAGAAGCAUGUGUCAAAACCGGAGGACCUUGCAGUCGACAGUGAGGUGGUGCAGUACGCCGCUUCUGACCCAGACACUGCACGCAGACAGAAAGUCAUGUACAGAAUGAUUAGAGACCCUGCAGGCUGGCUGAAGGUGGCCAAAGAUACGGGUCUGAUUACUGUGAAAAGCACCAUGGACAGAGAGUCCCACUUUGUCAAGGAUGACAAAUACACAGCGCUCAUUGGUGCAUAUGACGAUGAUGAAGUCCCAGCCACAGGAACUGGUACUCUAGUGAUCCACCUUGACGAUGUCAAUGACAAUGCACCCUUCAUUGAGGAACGUGGAAUCAAGGUGUGUAACAAGGACUCGGCUCCUCAGCUGCUGUCAGUAACGGAUAAAGACGGACCGGGCUUUGGUGCUCCAUACAGCGUCUCUUUACAGGGCCUCUCGGAGAACAUCUGGACUGCUGGGAUGAACGAGUCAAAAUAUAUCAAUCUGACUUUAGCCACCGAGCUGGCCAGUGGAGAGUACACUGUGGUUCUGAGGGUUUCAGAUAAUAUGGGCCUGGACCAGGACAGCACCGUCCAGGCCACAGUGUGUGACUGCACUGGGGAAGAGGUGUCCUGCCAAGGCAGGGUGGCAGGACACAUCGAUGUGCCGACAAUCCUGAGAAUACUGGAAUGCAUCGUGUUGCUGAUCAUGCUGUUGUUGCUGCUGGUGAAGUUUGCGAGAGAUGGAGUCUUUACUGCAGGAAGACGGUAUUCGAGACGAGAUCUGGAAUGACCUGUCUGAGGAAAUCAGCCUGUCGGAGUCAGUGUCCUGUCUGAAAACAUCUCUUCUGGAAAGCAUUUUGAGCAGAUGCUCUAGGUUAAUUUAGCAAUGUAUGGUACUUUACAUAAUUUGUUUGUAGAGUUUGUACUUCAAUUAAAUGUCAUUUUUUAGUGUUUCUGUUUGAGGAAUGAAAUUACAAAUGAUCAAAGUGAAAUCCAAAGUAGCCAUCAAAUGCCACAUAACUCUCUGAGGGUGUGGUCAGUGAGUUACCAAAGCUUUGAUAAGUGUGUGUUGACAUCUCUCUCACUUUGUCAAACAUGUUUCACUGUUGCCUCCAAAGGUACUUUACUACAAACGCUUUGUUAAUUUUGAAUUCUUUAUAAAGUUAUCUUAAUACAAUUAUGGUUUGGUGAAUGUUUUUAUUUAUUUAAAUGGAAAUUAGAAAUGAGUCUUUCACUAGAAAAGAUAAUUAUACAUUAGACAUCCAAAAGUUAUACAGUGUAGCAAAGCUGCAGUUGUGACAAAAGUAGUAAAGCUGUGCCCCCGAAACCCAACGCAGGAUUUUUUGGACCAGAUGAGUGGUGUCCACUUGUGUAAAUUGAAAACAUUUCUGAAAUGGGUUAAGUUGUGCUGUUGUGCCACCAACAGACAAACUGAAGCAAUACUUUCUAAAGGGCUAAUGUCAAGUUAGCAGAGGCCGUUUCCUGAACGUUACAUGUAAUAAAAUCAAAAUGUUUUUAC